AACUUGCCAGCUCAGAGGUUCUAGCGGCAGCCGGCGCACUUCUCUGGUUGCAGCUUGGGCGGCUCCGGCGGCUCCUGUGGUGGGCGGCCAGGGGCGAGCAGGGAUGGGCUGCAGACGCGCGACGUGAUCAGCCGGCACACAGACCCACGCCGCCGGCCGCACUGGCUCUAGAGUCUACUAAGUGGGUGCCGGCGCGCGCCGGACGCAGACCCAGCCACAGCAUGCGGGGUGCGGCGUGGGCGGCCCGGAGGCGAGCGGGGCAACAGUGGCCUCGGUCCCCCGGCUCUGGGCCCGGCCCGCCCCCGCUGCUGCUGCCGCCGCCGCCGCUGCUGCUGCUGCUACUGCUGCUGGGCGGCGCGAGCGCGCAGUACUCCAGUGACCUGUGCAGCUGGAAGGGGAGUGGGCUGACCCGAGAAGCACACAGCAAGGAGGUGGAGCAGGUCUACCUGCGGUGCUCGGCAGGCUCCGUGGAGUGGAUGUACCCAACUGGGGCGCUCAUCGUUAACCUGCGGCCCAACACCUUCUCACCAGCCAGGAACCUCACUGUGUGCAUCAAACCUUUCAGGGACUCCUCUGGGGCCAAUAUUUAUUUGGAAAAAACUGGAGAACUUAGACUGUUGGUACGGGACAUUGGUGGUGAACCUGGCCAGGUGCAAUGCUUCAACCUAGAACAGGGUGGCCUCUUUGUGGAGGCAACACCCCAGCAGGACAUCAGCAGGAGGACCACAGGCUUCCAGUAUGAGCUGAUGAGUAGGCAGAGGGGACUGGACCUGCAUGUGCUGUCUGCCCCAUGUCGGCCAUGCAGUGACACUGAGGUCCUCCUUGCCAUCUGUACCAGUGACUUUGUUGUCCAAGGCUUCAUCCAGGAUGUCACACAUGUGCCAGAGCAGCAAGCUUCAGUCAUCUCCCUGCGAGUGAGCAGGCUCCACCGGCAGAAGAGCAGGGUCUUCCAGCCAGCUCCCGAGGGCAGUGGGCAUUGGCUGGGCCAUGUCACGACACUGCUGGAGUGUGGUGUCCGGCCAGGCCAUGGAGAAUUCCUCUUCACCGGACAUGUGCACUUUGGGGAGGCACAGCUUGGGUGUGCCCCACGCUUUAGUGACUUUCAAAGGAUGUACAGGGAUGCAGAGGAGAGGGGCAUAAACCCAUGUGAGAUCAAGAUGGAGUGACCUGCAGGAUGAAAUGAGGUUUGUGUCCUCAGUUGCUCUAUCAGAUCCCGGUAGAGUCUGCAGGGUGGUGGCAUGGGCCCAGCCUGGUGCUCAAACUGGAGAGGUACAUGCUGCUCUGACCUGUUGGGUCUCAGUCAAGGAUGCCCUGACCCAUUGGAAAUGCUGUAAACUUCAAACUAAGUUAUUAUAUUUUUUGUAAAAAAGAAUGUACAUAGCAAACAAGCUCUUGUGUCUGAAGAUGCCUUUGGUGUGCCAUUUAAUGGUGUUUUUUAGAAAGUUAACUUUAGCCAUUGCCUUUGGUCUGGUGGGAG